ACAUACCAAGUCUUAAGUUACUGAAGGCCCUAAUAUAAUCAAGUUUGUAACCUGACUUUUGGGUUGAUUUACCUUCUUGUCUUUUUUCCUUCUAAGAAUGUAAAACAAAAGGUUUUUAACAUUAAGCUAAGUCAAUUUAAAAGUGGGUCACUUCUUGGUUUCCUCCCCUUUUUUUGUAAAAUUUUAUGUGUUAAUAAAAGCAUACAGUGUAUGACAUUCUAAAAAUUUAGUUACAUAUAUUGCGUAUGUAUAUAUACUUAAAAUUAUGCCAGGGGUUCAUAUAACUUAAUUUAUGGAAACGUUACUGAGAGAAAGCGUUUAAGCCAAAAAAGAAAUGUUUUUUUGCAUAAAAUGAAAUUUAACAUUGUGAUUGACUUUACUAAGUUUCAAGUUUUACUAAGUUAACACAAAAAUUAGAUUUGAACUUUUUGUGUUUAUUUUGCAAAAGUUUUUACAAAUUAAGUAUGAUCCAUCAUUGAGUAUGGUAACUAUUGAAACCAAUGUCAGUAAAUCCUGAAAUGUAAAAUCUGACACUUUAAUGUUCCUCAAAAUGAGUAUAUUAUGAAAAGAUUUUAUUAUAUGAUAAUUUUUAACUGGCCAUGAUGAUACUUAAGAUAUCACACAGUCUUGAUUUUAAACCACGAAGGAAAAAAAUUAAAAAUUAUGUGAGGACAUUAAAGAGAUAUAUCGGUGAGGAUAGGUCCGGUUGUAAGGGGAUGGAGGAGACCGGCAAUUAAUACCUUAUAAAAAGGAAUUGAAUUUGCACUAAAUAUGUGAAAGUUAAUGUAUUUUGUAAUUUGAAUGAUACUGUACAGUUUCAGUUCCUUUGUUGCUCUCUUUUGUCUUUUUCCUGUUUUCAGGUACUAUAAUAAACUUUCAAGGAAUUUGUAGAAGACGUUAGCAAGUUUUUUCAAAUUCUACUGGAAGAUAUAACAUGGCAGUUAUUUUAAAUGAAAAACAAUCAGAUAAGUACCUCUUAUUAAUUAAUUUUAUAUUUAAAUGUGUACUAUACAUAAAGGCGAGACCAUUUUCAUUGUGUAAUGUAAUUUUUAAGUUAUUUUAACAAUUUUGAAACCACACCCUUUUUAAAUUUCCUUCUGUAUAAAAUUUGACAUGAUUAUGUCAUUGUACCACCAGUAAAAUCUUUGCUAAUUUUUCACAUCAGUAUUUUUCAUGACUACUCUGUCACAGUUAGUUUGGACAGCCAAAUGAUCAUGUCAUUUGAUUUUUUGACUGCUUAAUUCAUAAUGCAGUUACUUUAGUACGAAAAUUAACAUUCUAGUUGUAAAUCAUUUAGGAAAUUUCUUUACAUUAACAAUGGCAAUUGAUCACAUAUGAGAAAAAAGUAGAGGAUGAGACAUACUAGAGGAUUUAUUUGCAAAUAUAGAGAAAAAAAUGGCGGCACAAAUUAACUUAGAACUUGUUUCACUUUAUGCUAAAUUCGUGGAGCACAGGAUACAACAUCCUGGCUCCAUGAAUUAUCGGUCGUUUGGCCGAUGGCUAAAGCAGGGUGGGGUCGAGUGGACCAAUGAAGAAGACCCCACCGAAACAGCUCCCAACAUGGAAUUGAUGCAAGUAUGGACAAAAUUUUUACAGUACAGACUUAGACAUAGCGGGUCAAUGGACCUAGAAGUGUUUGGACGUUGGGUGCAUAAUGGCGGGGUUGAGUUUUGUGGUGGGCGACGGGAUCGUGGUAGAAGUAGCAGUCGUGGUUGGAGACGCGGUCGUGGUGGGAGACGCGGUCGUGGUGGGCCGUAUAAGCCACAAUAUUAAAAUGUAUUUUUAUUACUAACCCUUUGUAAAACGAGGUGCACUUUUUUUUAAUAAAAUAUCCUAAAUUUAAAAUGGGCCUAAAUAUUGCCAAAAUUCAAACAAUUGCUAAACUAUUUUUCAGGCUGAAUUUAAAAUAAAUACUUUGAAAAAAACAACAUUUUUUCCAUUGAAAAAAAUAAAUACUUUGAAAAAAACAACAUUUUUUCCAUUGAAAUUAACUAGAUAAACAAAUAUUUUGUCUACCUUGUUUUACGAAGGGUUAGAUGUUAUUAAAUUUGUUAAUUAUCUUAACUCUA